CCUCCCUGGUGGCUAGCAGCUUUCGGAUUAACAAAUAUGCCGGAAGUCUCCGCCAUACAAAUUGGCAUCCAUUUUUUUAAACUUUAAUCAUUGUAAUUGUAAUUAAGCACGCAAAGAGCUAACAACUUAACUAUACUACAAAAAAUCCUAAGAUAAGAAACUAAUGAUUUUAUAACUCCUUCACAAGACGAUUGUGUUUCAGUUCAUAAAAGUAGUUUCUGUUGCCACCAAAUCGUGCCAACAAUUUAUAAAAUCAUUAUAAUUUGAUUAAUCUGGAUUUGGAGUAUCAUCUGCCGUCCACUAAGUGAGGAUGCCACCAAAGAAGACCCCAAAGGCUACCCGUUCGCGGUCGCACCAAACAAAGAAAUCACUGCCAUCGGCGGAGGAAUACAAUUGUGUCGACUGCGAUGGACCCGAUUCUGUUGACGAUAUGGUUCAGUGCGAUGUCUGCCAAACCUGGCAUCACUACAGCUGCGCCGGUGUCGAUAGUUUUAUUCAACAAGAAAGCUGGGUUUGCGGCACCUCUUGUGCAAUAAUGUCAGGUAAGUGCUCCCCUUUAUCUAGUGUUGUUAGAGAAGUAGUCCCUCAAGAUGCUGCUGAAGCGAUUAUGCCAUAUAAUGCACCAUAUACUGUGCCAGCUACCACCGCCUCCAACAAUGCGGUGAACCCCUCAUCAAGUUUUGGUUUGGAUUCUGCCAAUUCGCUGCCAUAUACUGCGAGUGAAACCCAAUGCACUUGGUCAUGCACAAUGCCGAACACGGCGUUACGUACUACGUCAAGUAUCGUGCCAAGUAGUGUUAAUAACACCCUGGGCGUAUCAAUACACGAUGAGCAGAAUUUUGCUCCGAAUACUGCCGUAAGUACAGGAACAUACACCGAAUCAUAUGGUGCUGUAUCUACCGCCUGUACUGCCCCCCCUAUUGCCUCAUAUACUGCCCCAUCUGCCAUGUCAUAUAUCGAAAACAAUAUUAAUAAAUAUACAUUGAAAAAUUGUGUAAAUAAUACAUUCUCUAGGAUAGCACUUCAUCAUGAAAAUAUUUUUGAAGCAGGUCACAUUGAAUCCAGCUUGUAUUUAGAUUCUAGACGUGACAUCACAUUAAGAGAUGUGCAGUCAACAUCGACACGUGCAACCACCGAUGGAUUUUCAAAUUCCAUGUCAACUGCUGCCACCUUUAGUCACCACCUAUCCAACGUUGUUGCCGAUCCAGCCGGAACGAUUAGUAGAGGUGCUAUUCCGAGACGAUUUUUUGGAAAGAACGCUGCAUCACAUGCCACGAGAACCUUCAAUACAAUUGGUCAUUCGGAUACACCCGUAUCUACUAAGCCACCCGCAACACAUGCCGCCUUUCUUAGAGAUGGCACCGCUACUCAACACAUCACUGCUACUGCUACUGCUCCUGUUAUUACUACAGCUACUUCUACUUCUGAACCCCACUCGUAUCCAAUUUUCAGUGCUACUUCCACUCCAGGUAUCGCCAACUCGUAUCCAGAUUUUAGUGCCGCUGCCGCUUCCACUUCCAGUAUCAUCAACUCGUAUCCAGAUUUUAAUAGACUUCAUUCUUCUGCUGCUGCUGCUGCGACCCGAACAACGGGUGUUGGUGCUGAUACCCAUGGCACUAACGUUACACAUGGUACCUCAUAUGCUUCGUGUAUCCAUACAACUGCUGCACCACACCUUACUGACACUGUUGAUGCUGCAAUAUAUCCUGCAACACAUUCGACUAAGGUUUUCUUAAAGGAAAAUCCCAUUGUCUUAUCGAAUCAGCCACGAUCAUUGUCAAAUUUCUCGAUCAGUUCUAGAGGGUCUAGAACUGCCCUUGAGAGGAAUAUUCAGAUAGAGCUGCAGUUGUUGAGUGAAGAAAGGGAGUUGAAGGAGUAA